GCGCAAUCAAAGGGCAAGUGUUUCAUCCUCGACAACCAGUCCAAAGUCUCCUGGACCUGUCGCUGACCGCAAAUUUCCAUCUCUCAACAAACUCCUCUCCUUCAGCACCAGAUCAGCCACGGCACGUACCAAGCGGUUUCGACUUAAUACCACCUCCUCACAGUCGUGCAUCUUCCACGCCGCGUCGGCAACGAAGGAGUCGCGACACAGCUGAAAGAACACGCUUCUUGCCGGCGACAAGGCCUCCUCCGUAACCCCAAUACGCUGCCACUCUACACUUUUCAUCCCAAGAGCACUGGGAAAGGGGUGGUGUGGACGUCGCUCUCUAAACACAUUGCUGGACUUGAAAGGAAGCAACUUGCUUUAAGUGCUUCUGAGACUGAUAUCGCGACCGAUAUUGCUGCAGCCGCGAUCUGACGCCGUAUAGCAGGGACCCCGAGUCAAGGAAGUGCAUUGUGCUUCCAAGCCAGCUCAACACCGACCUUUGAACAACUUCAACUCUUCGACAGAAUGGUCUCCACGAGACAUCACCCGAGGCCUUUCCCUGAACCUGCGACUCCGACUGGCUCCUCGCGGUCCAAUGCCACUUCUCCUUCACCAUCAGCAGACAAUUCCAUCACGGUGGUGUCUCCAAGUUCAAGAAAGCGCAAAUCCAAUCGUCCUUCGAGCACCAAGCGGAGUCUCACAGCUACGUACAACUUCUCGCACAAGCUCCCUCCACUGCUUAUGAUAUGGCUCUUUGUGUCUCUGCCGCUUGUGAUUUGGGACACAGCAUAUAUGCUUCUUCGUCCGCACACCAUGCCUGGUGGAAAGUUACACUCGCCUAUCUGGACACUCUAUGCUUUGUAUGGGACCGUGGAUUAUAUCUAUGGGUGGCCGGCCUGGGACAAUCAUGUCGGUUUCUCGGCAGCACAGGCAUCUCUCAACGCCCUUGAGACUAUCAUGUAUAUUUACUACUUGACUGUCGUCAUAAAGAGCGGCGCCGAGAAAUACUUUAGGGCACAAAGUAUUGACGAGUUCUUUCUCGGGUCCAGUGAAAACACCGUUUCGGGACCUGGAGUAGCGAGGGCGGUACUUGUGCUGUUUUCUACCGCUGUCAUGACAUUGAGCAAGACUGUCUUAUAUUGGCUCAAUGAGUACUUUGGCGGCUUCGCUAAUAUCGGACACAAUACGCCAUACCGCUUGAUUAUGUUAUGGAUCAUUCCGAAUGGCCUAUGGCUUCUGUUCCCUACCUACAUGAUCUAUGUGUUGGGGAAAGACAUACUCGCCAACAUGGAAGGUGCUGAUCAUGACAAGGAAGACUGACACCAAAAAGGCAGGAGAUUUGCAGUGCACAUGGCAAAUGCAUGCUGGAUCGAACUGCCGAUCAUCGGAUGCAUGAAGCAUGGGCUAUGCAGGGAACGUAAAAAGUCUUGCAGGUCAUAGGACUCUCUGAAGAGCUCUCCCCGCAAUCAAGCCUUUGCUACUCAGACAAUAUUGGUGGGGAUGAUUCUAUACUGGCUGUGGAUGGUUCAAUGGAACAUGCCAAGACAGCCUGCGGAAUGCCGGGAAGAGCUUUGGAAGAUUGUAACAACAGACGCAAAGUUAUUGAUGGCAGCCAUGCUGAAUCUCGAGAAGGUUGACACUCAUUUUCCUUGGGUUACAACAACUAAACAUGGCCGGGUGCCUUUGAGAUGAGAUGCCGAGCACGAGCUUCCUCGGUUUUCCGUCAGAGUUGGGUCAUCUUGGGACUGUGAACUUGAUGGUAGCGUCAUGGCUGCCGCGCUGUGCGGGUUGGCGACGCUUCCGACGAAUGGCUGUGCACGAGGAUGCCUUGUACGACACGAGGUGUAUGGGUACGGUUGCAGGGUCAGUGAGCUGGAUUGCCGAACAUACCUCGCGUUUCUUCCCAGAGUAACGCCGCACGAAUGAAGGUUUGAGAAAGCACAGGCCCUGCAUAGGCGAAGAAACGUUGCGGCUGGUGCAGUUGACUAUACUGGCAGGUGCUUCUGGACAGCAGGCUGAUUGGGGGAGGGUUCCUCCGAAAUGGCUGAGAGAAGAGCGUAAGUCCGGACUGCACGACAUGGACUAUCUGCUGUAUGCAGCGAGCAGGCAGAUUUGAGCAAAUGGGAUAAACAUCGGGCAGCGGGCGAGGUGUUUUAUGGGCCAGAAGCGGGGAUGUGCAGGGACGGAGGACAUGAGCGGAGAAUUUGCCCAAAAGAUGGACGGAAGCCAGAUCAGAAAAGGAAGGCUAAAAGGCAGAGAUGAUGAGAAAGCAAAGGUGAUGACACGAUUCCAUUUCAACAACGCACCAUCCUGCACCACCUUGAGCUUGCACCUUGGAUAUUACUGGCCAAUCUCGCUUGCUCAGGAAGGCUUGGGAUUUGCGCCUAGCGCCUUGCCCAUCAAUUGCGGGGUAGAGCAGGCAUCAAGACUUGAGAUGGGCGGCCCAGGGAACUGAAAGGCGUCUGGCGAGUGAUGACUAUUGAUUUGCAUCGCUGGUACCAUCAGAGCCCGGAUAUGAGGAAUGCAACCUCGGCCAUCUCAGCUUCAUGCAAGGAGCAGCUGACGGAUGAGGGUAUUGGCGAGGUGGUAUGCCUGACUGGCCACACAGGGUACGGAGUGACAUUGCGAGGUUCUCCUCCAGAAAAAGUGCGGUGUCUGACUGAGCGAGAUGCGCUUUGUUAUACCGAGUAAAGCAAACAUCCAGAAUCUGCCCUCCGUAGUAUCAGUCCCAGGUCAUUCAUUUCGUUUAUCAUCUGA